UUCCUUUGGAGGAUCCUCCUCGAGGCUUGGCGGAUCUUUGCUACUCUUUUGUUCAAGAUUUGGACGUUCCGAUGGGUGGUCCUGACGUUCCUAUCGCCGACGUUAUUCCUGGCGACAUUGUCGUGGAUGGGGCUCCUGUUGAUAUCCCCUUAGCUCCCGCCGAGGUAGCGUUGCCUGAGGUUAUUGUUAUAAAUGAUGAUGAUGGUGAUGACUCGGCUGUUCCAGUCGGCGACGAGGCGAUUCCGUCACUACUCCCCCCUCUAGCAUCAUCUAUCGUUUCGGGGGGAGUUGGGGGUGCGGCCUCAGAGGGGCCUGUUGUUGCUGAUUCGGGGGAGAUUUCUUUAGGUCGAGACCCGGGUUCUCCGUCUAGAAAAAGACGUCGAGUUGUCGAUGAUUCUCCUACGAGGGAGAGUUUUCCUGGAAGCUCUUCUUCUGCUCCAGACUUGGUUCAAUGGGUCGAAGGUCAGGAUCCUGCCAGUUUGCUGAAUCCGAGAGUGCUAGCGGAAUAUAUCCGGACUUUGGCGAUUCCUGAUGAUGUCACGUGGUUCUGUGGUAGGCCGGGUCAGGAGCUUUCCGAUCUGGCUUGUUUUCAUGGUUUCUCUGUAAGUGCUUUCUUUCUUGAGUAUAAUAUGUUUUUUGUAUUCAGUUGCUUUCUUAUUUGUUUAUUUCUGGUGUGUAGGCCCUUCAAUCUGUUAUGGUAUUGAACGACCGCCGACAGUGUGCCGAGGAGGAGGUCGAGCGUCUGUCUGCUCUUUUGGCGACUUCCGAGUCUGAAAGGGCGAAGUUGAAGGCCUCUUUGGAAGAGCAUGAUUCCCUUCUGGCGCAGCUCAAGGCGCAGGAUGCGAUUAAUGAUCGCCAAGUGAAAGUGAUUGAGAAAAAGACCGAUGACUUGACUCAAGAGAUCGAGGAGCUCAUUCGGAUCAAUUCCCUUGUUGGUGGGGAGAGGGAUAGUCUUAGAACGGAGGUUGAAGGUCUUCACAUCCGUCUGCUAGAUACGAAGGCUUUUUACUCUGCUCUGAUAAGCGAGUAUCGCCUUGCGAUUGGGAAGAAGCUUCUGGAGCAGAAUCCCAAUAUUGAUCUUUCUGGGGUUAACGGGUUGGAUCCCCAGGCCAUCGCCCGUGAUCUCCUCGUCAAGAUUUCUAAAGACCGUGUUUAGUAGUUUUCUUUUGAUUGUAUUUGCUGAUG